CCGAGAUGGAAUAGCCCGGUCUGAACCGGUUUCAGCCGGUCCGCGGUUUGAUGCACUGUUAGCUGAAGGAGAGCGGCGCUGCCUCACUGCCUCUCCCGCAGACUCGCUGACUUUAAAACCACGAUAUUCGGCUCACAGCUGCUGAAAUAAACCUUGCGCUGGUUGGUUUUAAAGCCAUGAAUGCGUGAAAGAUUAGCGAGCUAACGAGUUAGCCUAGAUACUACUACAACUACCAGCAGCUAACCGCUACCUUCUAUCUCUGUGACUGACAGAGCAGCGCAGAGCUAGCUUAUGCUAAGUUAACUUAAGCUAAGAUAACUUAUGCUAAGCUAAACUACCUAGGCAACAGGGGCUCGAGCUCUUCUUCUCUCCUGGAUAACCCGAAUUCGCAUCUCUAAUUAAUUUAUUUUGCGUAAAUCUGUACUAUAAACCGGCUUUUUGCUGCAGUUUAGUGCUGAAACUAGGGUUAGCUUAGCGCUAGUGCUAAUACAUUAGCUUUUAGCUUAGCGUAGAUGCGCUGUGUGUGUGUGUGUGUGUGUGUGAAGCCAAGUUCAUUAGCUUAGCUAAGCUAGCUAACAGCUAACUAACAUUAACAUUAGCGUCUCAUGAUGAGAUAAAGUGAUUCAUAUUAAUUAACUCAACUCAAGUUUAUUCAGCUCUACGGUGAAUAUUAGUGUCUUUAAGCUCGAAAGCUCGAGAGUGUAAAGUGGCAUUUCAACGAAGAGAAGAGUGUUUAAUAAAGCAGCUCUAUGCCAGCAGAUAUGACAAUGUUAGCGGACCAUACAGCCCGGCAGCUGCUGGACUUCAGUCAGAAGUUGGAUAUCAACCUACUUGACAAUGUGGUUAACUCCAUGUAUUAUGAUGUUGGCUCCCAGCAACGACUGGCACAGGAAGUCCUCACCAACUUGAAAGAUCAUCCGGACGCAUGGACCAGAGUGGACACCAUCCUGGAGUUUUCUCAAAAUAUGAAGACUAAAUACUACGCUCUUCAGAUUCUGGAGACCGUCAUUAAAACACGUUGGAAAAUUCUCCCAAGGAACCAGUGUGAAGGAAUUAAGAAGUAUGUCGUGGGGCUGAUCAUCAAGACUUCCUCAGAUGCCAAUGUUGUUGAGAAGGAGGGAGUGUACCUGGCAAAACUAAACAUGAUCUUGGUACAGAUCUUGAAGCAGGAGUGGCCAAAGCACUGGCCCACGUUUAUCAGCGACAUCGUUGGCGCCAGUCGUACGAGCGAGAGCCUCUGCCAGAACAACAUGAUCAUCCUGAAGCUCCUCAGUGAGGAAGUAUUCGAUUUCUCCAGCGGACAGAUGACUCAGGUCAAAGCCAAGCACCUGAAGGACAGCAUGUGCAAUGAAUUUUCACAGAUAUUCCAGCUUUGCCAGUUUGUCAUGGAAAAUUCCCAGAAUGCACCGCUGGUCCACUCCACACUGGAGACCCUUCUUCGCUUCCUGAACUGGAUUCCACUGGGUUACAUUUUUGAGACCAAACUCAUCAGCACCCUGGUUUAUAAGUUUCUGAACGUCCCCAUGUUCCGAAACGUGACUCUGAAGUGUCUGACGGAGAUUGCGGGUGUCAGUGUCAAUCAGUACGAGGAGCAGUUCGUCAACCUCUUCACCCUGACAAUGAUGCAGCUCAAACAGAUGCUGCCUCUGAAUACAAAUAUCCGCCUGGCCUAUUCGAACGGGAAAGAUGAUGAGCAGAACUUCAUCCAGAACCUGAGCCUGUUCCUCUGUACCUUCCUCAAAGAGCACGGUCAGCUAAUUGAAAAGAGGCUCAAUCUACGUGAGACACUCAUGGAGGCUCUCCACUACAUGCUGUUGGUGUCUGAAGUUGAGGAAACAGAGAUUUUUAAGAUCUGUUUGGAGUACUGGAACCACUUGGCUGCAGAGCUGUACAGAGAGAGUCCCUUUAGCACUUCAACCUCGCCCCUGCUUUCUGGGAGCCAGCAUUUUGACGUGCCUCCACGCAGACACCUCUACCUGCCUGUUCUAUCCAAGGUGCGUUUGCUAAUGGUGAGCCGCAUGGCUAAGCCCGAGGAGGUGCUGGUUGUGGAGAAUGACCAGGGAGAGGUGGUGCGAGAGUUCAUGAAGGAUACAGACUCAAUCAACCUCUACAAAAACAUGAGAGAAACACUUGUCUACUUGACCCAUCUGGACUAUGCAGACACCGAGCGAAUCAUGACAGAGAAGCUCCAUAACCAGGUUAAUGGUACUGAAUGGUCCUGGAGGAACCUGAACACGCUGUGCUGGGCUAUCGGGUCAAUCAGUGGGGCCAUGCACGAGGAGGACGAGAAGAGGUUCCUCGUCACGGUUAUCAAGGACCUGCUGGGACUCUGUGAGCAGAAGCGAGGGAAGGACAACAAGGCCAUCAUCGCCUCCAACAUCAUGUAUAUCGUAGGCCAGUACCCACGGUUCCUCCGCGCCCACUGGAAGUUCCUGAAGACGGUUGUGAACAAGCUGUUUGAGUUCAUGCAUGAGACGCAUGAUGGAGUUCAAGACAUGGCCUGCGAUACGUUCAUUAAGAUUGCUCAGAAGUGCAGGAGGCAUUUUGUUCAGGUGCAGGUCGGAGAGGUGAUGCCCUUCAUUGAUGAAAUCCUCAAUAACAUCAAUACGAUCAUCUGUGAUCUGCAGCCACAGCAGGUUCACACGUUUUACGAGGCAGUGGGUUAUAUGAUUGGCGCUCAGACGGAUCAAGCUGUACAAGAGCACCUCAUAGAGAAGUACAUGCUGCUUCCCAACCAGGUGUGGGACAGCAUCAUCCAGCAGGCCACCAAGAACGUGGAUAUCCUGAAGGACCCAGAGACGGUGCGUCAACUCGGCAGCAUCCUGAAGACCAACGUGAGGGCGUGUAAGGCUGUAGGACACCCGUUUGUGGUGCAGUUAGGCCGCAUUUACCUGGACAUGCUCAACGUCUACAAGUGCUUGAGUGAGAACAUCUCCUCUGCCAUUCAGACCAACGGUGAGAUGGUGACGAAGCAGCCUCUGAUCAGGAGUAUGCGCACGGUGAAGAGGGAGACCCUGAAGCUCAUCUCUGGAUGGGUCAGCCGCUCCAAUGAUCCUCAAAUGGUUGGUGAGAACUUUGUUCCUCCUCUGCUUGAGGCCGUCCUGAUCGACUAUCAGCGUAACGUUCCGGCUGCUCGGGAACCUGAAGUUCUCAGCACUAUGGCCACCAUCGUCAAUAAACUCGGGGCUCACAUCACUGGAGAAAUCCCCCAGAUCUUUGACGCUGUCUUUGAGUGCACUCUGAACAUGAUCAACAAGGACUUUGAGGAGUUCCCAGAGCACAGGACACACUUCUUCUACCUGCUGCAGGCGGUCAACUCGCAGUGUUUCCCUGCUUUCCUGACCAUUCCUCCAGCUCAGUUCAAGCUGGUGCUGGACUCUAUCAUCUGGGCCUUUAAACACACCAUGAGGAACGUGGCAGACACAGGUCUGCAGAUCUUGUACACGUUGCUGCAGAAUGUGGCUCAGGAGGAGGCGGCAGCUCAGAGCUUCUAUCAGACGUACUUCUGCGACAUACUUCAGCAUAUCUUCUCUGUCGUCACUGAUACGUCCCACACAGCUGGUUUGACGAUGCACGCCUCCAUCCUGGCCUACAUGUUCAACCUGGUGGAGGAGGGAAAAAUCAGUGUUGCUCUGAACACUGGCACCCCGGUCAACAACCAGGCCUACAUGCAGGAAUAUGUGGCCAACCUUCUUAAGACGGCCUUCCCACACUUACAGGAUGCCCAGGUGAAGGUGUUUGUAACAGGUCUGUUCAGCUUGAAUCAGGACAUACCUGCCUUCAAAGAGCACCUGAGGGACUUCCUGGUGCAGAUAAAGGAGUUUGCGGGCGAGGACACAAGCGACCUGUUUCUGGAGGAGCGCGAGGCGUCGCUGCGUCAGGCUCAGGAGGAGAAACACAAAAUCCAGAUGUCCGUGCCAGGAAUACUCAACCCUCACGAACUGCCCGAGGAAAUGUGCGACUGAGCUUUUCAGCACUUGUACAGUUUUUCAUACAGGAAAGAGAGGAAUCGGGAGCCGGCGAGGCUCUGCGCAACUCUGUGUGUGCGUGUGCGUGUACGUGUGUGUGUGUGUGUGUGUGUGAGAGAGAGACAGAGAGAGAGAGAAUAGUAGGCAGAAGAUGGAAGAGGAGAGUGUAAAUUUUGACCAAAUCGAUGCCAAUGUAAAAAUGAACCAGUCCGUCACCUUAUUUGACCCGACCCCGCCCACUUCACGUAACGGACCCCGCCCACGCCCAUCAUUUUUACGUGAACGAAGUGCGUUUUUUAUGGAGGGAGCCGAAGAGCGCGCUGUUAGACAUCCCACGUUAAUCGACGCAGACUCGCCUGCGGUUCAGGUCCGGGGUUUCUUUCUUCCUCCAGCAUGAAGUCGACGAGUAUUUUAUAUCUUCACCUUCUUUAUCUUCUUCAUUCAUUCUCCAGCCCUUCAGCCCUUCUCAUCUCUUUAUUAAUUUGUAAAAUAGGUUAAUAAAGCAAUCCAGUAAUAAAGAGCGGUCAGGAAGGGAUUCGCCCCACAGGGACUUUGUGUUUGUUGUUUUGCUGCCCUUAUAAAUAUAAACCACAGCAUAGGAAUGUGACUGUUGAGGAGGAUGGGUAAUGAAAGAUGCUGCUGUUUGGUUUUUGGUUGUUUUUUUUUCUUUUCCUUUCUUUUCGCUGACUGUUUUGUUGGGCCGUGAUAUUUUUUUAAAGCAUUGUGUUUGAAGGGGGGGGGUGUUAUUGAUUCUGUAAUGAUUUCAUGCCCCC